CCGGUAAGCAGCCGCCAUCGUACUCCCGCCUCUUCGCCAGUCGCCAUGUCGUCCUUCCCGGAGCUGUAUUUUAAUGUCGAUAACGGCUAUCUGGAAGGCUUGGUGCGCGGUUUUAAGGCAGGGGUACUCCGGCAAGGUGACUACGUGAACUUGGUGCAGUGUGAGAGCCUGGAGGACUUGAAACUGCACCUCCAGAGCACAGACUAUGGGAACUUCCUGGCCAACGAAGCCUCCCCACUCACUGUCUCCGUCAUAGACGACAAGCUGAAAGAGAAGAUGGUAGUGGAGUUCCGUCACAUGAGGAACCAUGCCUAUGAGCCUCUAGCAAGUUUUCUGGACUUCAUCACGUACAGCUACAUGAUUGACAAUGUCAUUCUCCUGAUCACUGGGACUCUGCACCAGCGUUCCAUCUCCGAACUGGUGCCCAAGUGCCAUCCUCUGGGAAGUUUCGAGCAGAUGGAAGCUGUGAACAUUGCUCAGACGCCUGCGGAGCUCUACAAUGCAAUCCUGGUGGACACACCCCUGGCUGCUUUCUUCCAAGACUGCAUAUCUGAACAGGACCUGGAUGAAAUGAACAUUGAAAUAAUUCGAAACACGCUGUAUAAGGCUUACCUGGAGUCCUUCUACAAGUUCUGCAAGGUGCUGGGAGGUACCACAGCAGAUGCUAUGUGCCCAAUCCUGGAGUUUGAAGCUGACCGGAGGGCCUUCAUCAUCACCAUUAACUCAUUUGGGACUGAGCUGUCCAAGGAGGACCGAGCAAAGCUGUUCCCACACUGUGGCAAGCUCUACCCUGAGGGCCUGGCUCAGCUGGCCCGAGCAGAUGACUAUGAACAAGUCAAGAAUGUUGCUGACUACUACCCUGAGUACAAGCUGCUGUUUGAAGGGGCUGGCAGCAACCCUGGAGACAAGACCCUUGAAGACAGGUUCUUUGAGCAUGAGGUGAAGCUGAACAAGCUGGCUUUCCUCAACCAGUUCCACUUUGGAGUCUUCUAUGCCUUUGUGAAGCUGAAGGAGCAGGAGUGCCGCAACAUUGUGUGGAUCGCAGAGUGCAUCGCCCAGCGGCACAGGACCAAGAUUGACAACUACAUUCCCAUCUUCUAACCCUGCUCUGCUCAUGUCUGACCCUCCUGCCCCUGGAAUGUGGAGGAACCCCUGUCUAACUCCCUGAGUUACCCCUUGCCCAGACUCUAGGGAUGUCCUUUCUGUGGAACUGACUCAGAUGAGGAGGCUGUACAGUUGCUAGUUAAAUUAUUCACAAGCUGAAUUUUGAUUUGUGUGCUGUGAGGCAUCUGGAGGGACCAGGGCAGGAGGAACACCUCCUGUUGUAUAUCUAAUAGUCCCUGUGUUACUGUACUAAUACUGUAUGUGCUUGUGCUCGUACAGCAGGACCAACUGGGGGGCUGCUGCCUCAAAAGGGUUCCCACUGCUGCAGAGGAAAAUAUCAGGUUUGCUAUAGCUGCAGGGCCUCUUUGUCAUUGCUUUGCACGCCUCCUAGUCAGUAUUGUUCCUGUGAGAUUUAGUUUUGAGUGUGGUUUGUAGCGUAGGCCAUGCUGCUGUGCAAUCCAUGUAUCCUCCUGUAGCUAACCCUGACCUGGGAGAGACUGGUCAGGACUGUCAGAGACUGUAGGAGUGGGAGGGCAGAGCCAUACUGCUCCCUGCUCCAACAGUGUUUGCAUUAGUUGAGCAUCCCUGUGUCCUCAGAAACAGCUCUGUCAGUCUCAUUCCUGCCAUAAAAGGGUUCCACAAGCUGGCUGAGCUCCUUCCUCCCCUGAAGACCCAUGGCUUGGAGAUUCCUCUUGCAGCCAUGUGGGAGUUUGGUUCCUUUAGCUCUGUGGAUGGUGCUGGACACUUGCAUCCCCCAGGGCUAGCACAGCCCACUCCCCUGUGCAGGGUGUCUGCCUGGCGCUUGCUGUGGAGCUGUACUCCUGUCACUGGCCCUUGGACACCCUGAUGAGUGCAGAGGGCAGCUGUUGUUGCCCUGUCCAUUUUUGGUGAGGGAGCCAAGCCCUGGGCUGCCGUGUUGUGGCUUGAGGUCUGAGAGAUGCCUGGUGGCAGUGGAGAAGCCACCCUCUCUCCUGUGGUGGGAAAUGUGCUGGAUGUUGCUGCUGGGAGGGAGAGCAGCUCUGUCCCAGCUUGUGCUGUGGUCGCCUCUGCAGUGUGUAUUAUCCUGUGCUUCCCUUCCUGCCUACACCAAUAAAUAUCUGCCUACUGCA